AUCCUUCAUACAUACUCCGUAAUUCAUAGCCUCCCACCUCAACUCCCUCCUAUAUAUACUUCCCACCCACUUUGAUCCCUCAUCAUCCAAAACCCCACAAAGAAAAAAAGGCCUCUCUAGCUUCCCAUUUCUUCUCCCCCACCAUAAUUGUCCUAAAAAAGCAUGGGCACUCCCAAAAGCAUUGGGCACCCCUCCAAAACCCUUCUUCUGCUCUUUCCUGCAAUCUUGCUUGUUGGCCUUUCCAUGGUGUGCCAUGCCGGGAAUUUCGACCAGGAUUUCGACUUGACUUGGGGCGAAAACCGGGCCAAGAUUUUGGAGAAAGGGCAGCUUCUCACCCUGUCUCUGGACAGGGGCUCUGGCUCCGGUUUUCAGUCCAAGAAAGAGUAUCUCUUUGGUAGGAUUGAUAUGCAAGUCAAGCUUGUUGCUGGCAACUCUGCUGGCACUGUCACUGCAUACUAUCUAUCAUCACAAGGGGCAGCACAUGAUGAAAUAGACUUUGAGUUCUUGGGGAAUGUGAGUGGUGAGCCAUACACUCUACACACAAAUGUUUUUGCACAAGGGAAAGGUGGGAGGGAACAGCAGUUCAAACUCUGGUUUGACCCAACCACCAACUUCCACACUUACUCCAUCAUUUGGAAGCCCCAACACAUCAUCUUCAUGGUGGACAACACGCCGAUAAGGGUGUUCAGGAACGCGGAGUCAGUCGGGGUCCCGUUCCCGAAGAGCCAGCCGAUGAAGAUCUACUCGAGCCUGUGGAACGCGGACGACUGGGCCACGAGGGGGGGCCUGGUCAAGACCGACUGGUCCCACGCCCCCUUCACCGCCUACUACCGAAACUUCAACGCCCAGCCCCUCACCGCCGCCACCGGCUACCGAGGCGGCGGAGCAGGGUGGCAGAACCAGGCGGAGCUGGACGCGUACGGGCGGAGGAGGCUGAGGUGGGUCCAGAAGAACUUCAUGAUCUAUAAUUACUGCACCGACUCCAAACGCUUCCCUCAGGGCUUCCCUCCCGAGUGCUAAUUUAUAUAUAUAUGUUAAUUACUCCGUGUAUUAUUCAAACGUCACAAAUAAAUAAAUCUCUCUUUUAAAAUGUUUGUUGUUCACUCUCAUCCCACAUCUUGUUGUUGUUAUAAAAUCUAAUGUCCUACUCUUUCUAUCUCAAAAAAAAAACAUUGGCUCAAAAAAUGCAAUAAUUUUUAAUUAUUUAU